AACCUCACUUCAAUGUGUCUUACAAAGGUGGUUAAUUCCAAAAAGUCAUCCACCUUUUUUUCACAAAUCCCUCCUCCUAUUAUCACACCCCCUCUUCCCUUCUUCCUCAUCACUCAUUAUUUUUCUACUGGCAAUUCUUACAUUCUUUGCCAUGUUCUUUUAUCUGACAACAAACCCAUUAUAGCAAUAGUGAUGAGUUAUCAUGCUUUACAGUCUACAAAUCUCUUUCAUUAAUCAUACUACUAUUUCUUCGUCUUCUUCUACCAUGUCUUCUAAACGCUCUAUUGUUGAGUUUACUCCUCCUGCCACUGAUGAAGAUCCAGUUUUUACUAAACGACCUCGCCACUUUCCCUCUUCCGACAGGGAAGAGGAUGAAGAAGAAGGCGAGGAAGUAGUCCACGUUGACGCGGACUCUAUCGGCCUUCGCCUUCUUGGAUUGCUCCUCCAGUGUGCUGAGUGCGUUGCGAUGGAGAAUCUCGAAGAUGCCGGCAAUUUAUUACCCGAAAUCGCUGAGCUCUCUUCGCCUUUUGGGUCGUCGGCUGAACGAGUCGCUGCUUACUUUGCUGAAGCCCUCUCUGCCAGAAUUAUCAGUUCUCACCUUCGAUUCUACUCUCCACUUAACCUCAAAGCCUUAACUCUCACGCAUUCGCAAAAGCUCUUCACCGCUUUGCAAUCGUACAACACGAUCAGCCCGCUUAUCAAAUUCUCUCACUAUACAGCAAACCAAGCCAUUUACCAAGCAUUAGAGUGUGAAGAUCACGUCCAUAUAAUCGAUCUCGACAUCAUGCAAGGUCUUCAAUGGCCAGGAUUGUUCCAAAUUCUCUCAUCUCGUUCGAGGAAACUCCGUUCCAUCAAGAUCACCGGUGUUGGAUCCUCUAUGGAACUACUCGAAUCCACAGGACGGAGACUUGCCGAGUUUGCUAACUCAUUCGGCCUGCCGUUCGAGUUUAAACCGCUCGAGGGCAAAAUCGGGCACGUAAGAAACCUGAGUCAACUCGGGGUAAAAGCGGAGGAAGCUAUUGUGGUAAACUGGAUGCACCAUUGCCUUUACGAUGUAACGGGGAGUGAUUUAGGUACGUUCAGAUUGUUGACGUUGUUAAGGCCGAAACUGAUCACCACCGUUGAACAAGAACUGAGUCACGGAGGGAAUUUUUUAGGCCGGUUCGUUGAGGCAUUGCAUUAUUAUUCGGCAUUGUUUGAUGCUUUAGGGGAUGGAUUGGGUGAGGAGAGUAUAGAGAGGCAUAUGGUGGAGCAGCAAUUGUUUGGUAGUGAAAUUAGGAAUAUUGUAGCUGUAGGUGGGCCCAAGAGGAGUGGGGAGGUACCCAUAGAGAGAUGGGGUGAUGAGUUUAAACGGGUCGGGUUUUUACCCGUUUCGUUAUCGGGCACUCCAGCUGCUCAAGCUAGUUUGUUGUUGGGGAUGUUUCCAAGAGGGUAUACUUUGGUGGAGGAAAAUGGGUGUUUGAAGUUGGGCUGGAAGGAUUUAUCUUUGUUGACUGCCUCUGCAUGGCAACCAUGCGAUUAAGAUGCAUUUUUGUUUCGUGGUCAAUUUGAACUGUUGGAUCGUGUUAUACUAAUAAGUGAAGUGUUCUAGUUCACUUUGGUCCUAAUUCAGAAGAGACCCCACACAUGUAUUUGUCGUUCUUAUUCUUGAAAAAUAUUCUUUUUAUGAAA